ACCUACUCUGCAGUUUGGGGACAUUGAACCACACGAUUUAAUUUCAAUAGGAAACAAAUUUAUUCAGGACACUUGCCUGCUCAUUCCUUGUUUUCUUUCUGCGUUUUACAAGGAUUACUGACUUGCAGCUGUAAAUAAGGUGCCCUAAAUACGGAAGUAUCUCAAAAACUGAGUACACAGGAUAAAACAUUGUUUCAUCAUGGUGACCAGAAAGUCGCCUUGCUGGUUGAGUCUGCUGGCAAGAUGACAUUGACUGUUUUUUGGGACCAGCAAAAAGUAGUGGCAGGUUUUCUGCAAAAAAGUACUGCUAUAAUAAGGACGUAUUAUGCCAACUCUUUCAAAACAAUAACAGAAGCCAUCAAAAUUGACAGGCGUGGCAUGCUCUAGGAAGGCAUUGUCCUCUUGCAGCACAAUGCUGCUGCUCACAACUAAAUUGCAUGUUGCACAAAUGGAAGCGAUCUUCGCCGAAUAUUAAAUUGGCAUUUGCCGUGCUCUCGGUCCUUGUGCCUUUGGGCUUCAUUUCCUCUCCAUCCGAAGUUUCUUUUUGAAAAGCAAGCAGUUCCUGAUGACAUGUUGAUUUGUGAAGUCCAUAGCCUCCUUGCCGAAUUGUGGCCCCGAGGUAAACUUCUACAAGAGUGGUAGUUUUUAUUGUGCAAAUGAUGCCAGAAGUGUGUCAGUGACUUUCGCUCGGCGGAAAAAUGUAGAUCAAGGGUAGUCUUUAUUGAGUGCUUCUCUUAUUGACGAAAAACCAUAACAUGUGCAGAUUGUUGCAUGCUGUGCUUGAGUAGAGGUGGUUUUGCAAAUUUAAUGUAUUGGUCACAACUGUGUUUUGUUUGAGAACAUAUAGCUUUGGGUUCUGUUGGAGAACUGUUUUUCAUGCAUUCACGCUGUGGGUGCACAAAAUGCGAUGGAACAGUCGCGAUAUAAUUAUGUUGCUGCGAAUUCGACGAUAACUCCGCCUUCAGGAAGGCUACCAACUGAUUCCAGUGCAAUGUUAAUUCUGGUCAGCAAGAAAACCUCUGGUGGAGCUAUAAUGUGCAACCGACUGCUAGCAAAAAGGUCCGUGUAGAAUAUUGAACUGGUCCCCUGCAAGCUGUAUCCACUUGACUGUCCAAUUGGCCCUGGUAAAACAUUCUCGCUCGAAUUACCGCCGCCAAACUCAUUUGCAGAAGUGAGAUAGGAAGUGGGUCGGUAAGCCAACAAAAAAAGAGAAAAAAGGAAGAAAUGUUGUUGGCAAUAUUUGCUUCCGGCGUCGCCGCGCUGUACUCGUUUCAAAACGCCCGCCGUACGUACUGGGCGCCCGGAUGAUACCUGUGCCCCACCUCCUCUACGUAAACAUUUCUGGAACGACUCGCAACCGUGGCUGAGUGCCGACGUCGUAGGCUGUGGUUGCGUUGUUUAGCGCGAAGAGGGUAGAGGUGCCCAUUUAAUACGCCGGUUCUAAUAGAGAAUUGAGAUAAUUCACGCGAGAGUCUGGCUAUCCGGUUGUUUCGGUUUGUUGCGCUAUUCGAGCGGCUUCCGGACAGCCGCUACGGAAAGCCGAACAGCGGGGUACAUUAUGGGGCAUCCGUCAUCUAAUUAGACGCAUUUGUGCCGAUGCUGCAGCUCGUGCUUUGAGGUGCUGUGUGAAACUGCACUGUCCUAUGGAUCAGCUCCCAUUUAUUAUCUUUGCUUGUUGAAAUUCGGGAGGUGGUGACUGACUUGUCUGCAUCCUAAACGGAUUUGGAGAAGUAAUGGCGGCCUCACUUGCAUUGCAAGAGGACCAAAUAGAGUGGUCCUUACUGCUUGAGGCCCUUGUGUGUGCGGCUGAGAAAGGAGCCCAGCUGGCCAGGGCGUGCCGUGCGGAGGGGCCUCUGUUCCAACUUCUGGUUGAGGAGAAAGCUGGCUCUGAAAGAAACCCUCGUUUUGUGCAUGAUUUCAAGACUUUGGCUGAUGUGCUAAUCCAGGAGAUGGUGCGACAUGACCUCUCCUGCCUGCAUCCCGAGCUUGGCAAGUCCUUGCGGGGAGAGGAGAGCAACAAGUUCACAAGCAGCCACGGUGAGACCAUUUGUGUGGAAGUGAAGGCAACACAGGAGGAAACAGCGUGGCUCUUGGAACGUGUGCUUGAUGGGAACACUGUAGCAGCAAGAAAGCUGGCCCAUAUUGUGCACUCAAACCCGGAGGUUUGUGAAGACACUGAGCUAAACGAUUGCCCCAUGGCCUGUGUCUCCUCUCUUGGAAUUUGGAUAGACCCUAUUGACUCUACAUCUGAAUACAUUGCUGGCAAGUGGGGUGAUGAAGGUGAAGGGAGCAGCAUCGUUAGCUCAGGUCUGCAAUGUGUCUCUGUGCUGAUUGGCGUUUAUGACCGUGGCACUGGUCUACCAGUCGCUGGUGUCGUAAAUCAGCCCUUUCAUCACCUGGACGACCUUAACAGGCCUGUAGGACGUUGCUACUGGGGCCUGACUCUGGGCGCACAUCAGUGGCACAGCCGUCACUUCUGUGAGGAUGAAGACCCUGAUCCGCUGCGAAGGCGCCACCAUCCAUGUGUGCUGCUCAGUGCCAGUGAGAGCAAUGCCGUCGUUCAAGCCCUGGAAGCUGCCGGCUGUGACGUGCGUUUUGCUGCGGGUGCCGGAUACAAGCUGCUGUGUGUGGCACUACUCCGUGCCGAUGCAUACCUUGUCACACAGGGCACAACUUUUCGCUGGGACACGUGUGCACCGCAUGCCCUGCUCUUGGCUCGAAAUAUGGGCCUCUUUGCAGCUGUCGAAGAGGCUGGUGUUCCUUGGUGCGUGCCUGCGCCUGUUAGCUAUGCUGAUCCCGACGAGGAGCUCUGCGACAAGGUGUCUGGGGCCGCUCUCUGGCGCAACAGCCGGUGUCUGUUUGCUUGCCGCAACUCUUUCAACUCGAGGCUAGUUUUCGAUGCACUCAGGGCGUCUUCUGUUAAAGUUACAAAUGCGGUGUCAUGAGCACUUGUCGCGUGGGCCACUGUGGUCGGUAUCAGAAGCACACACAAAUUUUUUUCGUUCACCGCUUUCCUGCGGCCAGACGUGGAGAAGUCUUGCUAGAGUGUGUAACGACUGCUUUUAAGGCGGCCUGGAUAAGGUAGCUUGGUAACAUGAGAUUACAUACAGAUAGUGCUGAAAGGAUGAAAAUGGAGACGGUUUAGCAAGUUGCAGUUGGCGUGCACAUGAAAAAGUUGAGACAGAGCUGCAAAUGCUGCAGUUGUACACUGUACCGUUCAGUUUGUAUUGCAUUGUUGCUAAACUUUUUGUUGACCGAAUGCAUUUAACAGCAAAGUUGGCGUGCAGUUCUAGGCAUGGAUAUCUUGCUCCUUUUUAGCAGCUGUGCACUGGCUGAAGAGGCAAGGUGGUAGUAAAUAUAAUGAACAGCACAGGUACGCAAAACAGUAAUAGUGAUACUGUGAUGCAUAGUGUGUAGAAUGUGAUAGUUUGCUGUCACAAUUACCGGCAGCUGCAUUCAGCACAUAUGGUGUUCUUGAAGCAAACAUGACUGAUCAGCAUGUCCAGAAAUGUUGCUUAAGGAAGCAUGAGGGUAAUACACAUAUAUUUCGAGCAUCCUGCUCUGCUGUUCCUGCUAGCUUACUUUUGCUUGUCUUGUUUAGCUUACAGUUUCUUUUUUGCCAGGUUUGUCUGUCUUGCAAUGUUGCUGCAUUAUUAGUAUUUUGAUUAUGCAUUCAGGAUAAUAGUUCAAGCUACAUGAAUUCAGCUUGUUAUAUUUAUUGUAGGUGUGAUGGAGUGUAGUGCUUAAAUGCAAGUUGUGGUGCAGGAAGAAAGGUGUUAUUUUAAUGUAUAUUUAGCUUUAUGACUACUGGCAUUCAACGAUAAAGAAGCGGCACCAUUGAGAAGUGACAUCAGAGUAACUAAAUAAGAGUAACAAACACUCUGCAAUUCUCUUUAAACAUUGAGGAAAUCAUACUUGCCACCUGCCGUGGUGGCUUAUGGGCUGUAGCGUUCUUCUGCCAAAAACGAGGUCACAGGUUCGACUGGUGGCCAAAGUGGCCUUAUUUCAAUGGUGACAAAAUACAAAAACACUCACGCACUUAGAUUUACAUACACGUUAAACAAUCCCAAAUGGUCAUAAUUAAUCCUGAGCCCUCCACUACAGCGUCCCUCAUAACCAUGCGUGCCCCUUUGGUACGUUAAAGCCCACUAUUAAAAAAAGCUAUACUUUCAUUAGUCAUAUUUGAAACAUUGCAUGAAAUAUCCUUGUGUGAGGGAGUGCUCACUUGCUGUGGCUCCUUCGAAAGGCUCAGCCAGUAAGUGAUGGACAUAUAAUGAAACUGCAUAUAGCAUUCCUAAUUUUAACUGAAAUCGGGAACAUUGAGAGAACAAGAAAACCGGACAACAUCCACUUAUGUUUACAGUGCAAAUAUAUACAAUAGUUUACAUUUGAGAGUUUUAGGUUAGGGGACACAAGCGUUAGAGGUCGCAAACCACUGGGCAUAUAAAAGAACCCAAAAACGAGCAUGAAGGGUCCACAGUAGAGUUUGCAUGCCUAACGCUUGGGUGCGGUUUGCGUCCCCUAACUUAAAACUCUCUGUUAGCUGUGGUAGACAUCAUUCCAUGUAUAAGAAGGCAUGCAUUUUCAUAAUUACGUCGGAGAAAUUAUUAAACCUGUCAAAUGCAUUGUAUUUAGUCUCACCAUGUACUUUACUCUAUUAACGGGCGUGUGCACGUGUAGAUGCCUCUGUUGUGCAAAAUCUGCAGAAUAACACAAAGUCUGCAAAUUUCACAGUGCAGGACUUGUAAAAUCAAUCUGCAUGUACAACCAGUCAUUAUUUUCCAUAAUAUUCAAUCGUAUUAACAUAUUCAGCAGAGGUGGCCAAAGUUUCCUUUUGCACUGUUUCAAAGGACACUAAAAGAACAUCUGAAAAGGAAACAGAAUUGACUCAGAGUGGCAGCUUAUUCUUUCAGAACUCUUGUCUGCAUUACUCUGGCAGAAAAAGCCUGCUUCAUACCGAAACUGUGGCUGACGAUGUCAAGGCGAGGUCACAGAUUGUUUGGUAUUUCGACAUGGUUGGGUCCUUCUACUUGAAAAAGGAAAGUCUUCACUAAUUGCCGCAUUGAGUCCGAUAUUUCCUUGCUUUUCAAUGCAAUGUUGUUGAUAAACAGUUAUUAGUUGAUAAGCAGUUACUACUUCUCCAGUAUACGCUGCCAAAGUCAACGAUGCCAUGGGGAGCUGGUAUGAGAAUGUGAGAGUUGCAUUGGUAAUUUUGUUGUUGCAUUAUUUCUAACUGACCAAGCUUCCAGUUAUGGCAACACAUUCCGAAUUGCAAUGCCAGAAGUCUUAUUUACCAAUCUAACCAAACUUAAUAUUUCAUAUAUAAACAACACCAAAAUUGUGAAUAACCUUGAAGCUAUGUGGAUGUUGACAUUGACUGCCAAAGAGCAUAGAAAUCAGUUUGGCUGUGUGCUUGCUGAUGGUGAUAAUAGAAAUUUUCAAUUUUUUCUUUUUCCCGAGUGAGAAGUAAAAUAGUUUAUGCACAACAAGCAUUUGUCCAUCCUGCACUGUAGCAUUUUAUUGAUGCUUUUAGCUCUUGCAUGUGCUCUCUGGAGAUCUGUGAAUUGAUGAUGAAGCUCCACAAUUAUUGCCUGUAUUAGUGUCAUCAGUCAUACUUUUAAACUGGCAAAGCAUGUUUUUCAGCUAUGUGCUUUAAGAAAAAAAGAACACCAAGAAUAUUUAUUUGACAUGUUGGGCCAUCUCUUGAUCCAUGGCUUUGUAGAGAGUGUGUAUCACUAUACCUUGUGUUGGAUGUAAAUGUACUUUUGAGCCAAAUGAAGGUUUUUAAACUUAUGUUAUCCCUGCAUAUGCUGCACGAUGCUAACGUUGAGCCUUUUCAAAAGGUAUUUUUUACAUUUUGACACUGCAAAUGUACGUUGUAGACACAGUUUGAGUCAUGAACUGUACGGAUGGUAGCAUGUGACUGCAGUAAACUAGCUAGCAUUCAACAUGAGUCAUGAUUAUAGUUUGUGCACUGAUCUUUUGUGUGCGAAUUGUUUGACCAGUGUUGUGGUUUCGGCAAUUUGUGGCAUACACACCAGGAAGUAACUUGCACAUGAACAUUGAGGCACUUCUAGCAUUUCACCAAGUUCACUUGACUAAUGUUCCAAGUUCAUUAUCAUGUUAUGGCUGUUGUACAAAUCAUUGGUAGUGGUUCGUAUACAUCGUCUUUAAGGAAGUGUUGCUGCACAAAUACCCGCUGUCAGAAAGUGCACAUUGAGUAUGGGGACUUGCAUAAGGCCGACAACCUUCUGGUGCAGUCAGUCAAUCCUGGUUUUUCGCCACCAUUGCGAGGAUAGACACGGGCCGGCUCUAUAGCAGCCAGUCGCUUGCCACACUGCAUUCUUGUUUGUUAUGCAUUGUUUCUUCAGUGAAGGUUUACUGAAAUUUGGCGAGCUAAUGUACAGCUCUGUGCUGCUAUGCAAGCAUUGUGUAUAGUUCCGGCCAUAUGGUACACAAGUGUGUAAAAUUCAGUGCAGUGUUCAAUGCACCAACUUCACCUUGAAAUUGGCCGUGCAUGGUUUUGCUGAUCAUUUGCCCGUUUUUCACACUAAAUGUUCACACAGUCAAGUGCAGCAGCUUUAAAUGACCAGUCACUCAGUAUAUUUAAAGAUUGUGCACGGCACACACAAGGCUAAUUAUUCGUUUUUUGCGCUCAUGAGCCUACAGUACUGAUGUAAUGAACUGUUACUUGCCUAAAGCCUUGUAGGCGAGAGCAACCAUGUUUCAUGAGUCAAGGAUGAGAUGCUGGACAACAGUGACUGUGAUAAGCGGACAGGAUCUUAUGGCUGACUACUCCGUUAGUGCACGUUAGUGAGACUACACUUUGUCCAUGCUAGAUGACCACGCAGAAUUGCUAUACCAAUACAUGACAUGUCACAACAUGCCACAUUUCCUGGUUCGCUUCGCCCUUUCUUUUUUUUUCUCUCUCUCUCUGAUGGAGUCCAGAAUGGCAAAAGACUUCGAAAGAAAAUUUUUAGCUCCCACAGUCAGAGGUCAUGGUGCAAGUCAUGGCACAAAUGCGGGAGCAUGCCAAGACAUUCCGCCUAUCCCAUUGCUGGAAAUCAAGCUUACAUUCUCAGGACCACAAUAUGCGGCGAACACUCUAUGUGCAUGCCAGAACACAGCAGCAAACUUAACAAGACGUGUAGCAUAGCAUGUGCAGCCCACUAGCUUUCUACACGGGUCCUCCAGUAUCCUCCAUGAUGGUGGUGGCAAACCAAGGUGUACAGAGGGUUGUUGGCAUUACGCAAAAGGUCUAUUGAAGUCAUAUCUAUUACUGUUACAUGUAGUGCUCUUUAAAACCUUGAAACAGAAACUCAACCUUUCUGAGUGCAAUGCAAAUGAACCAGUUGUAUGAAAAUAGACCUUUUUCUAACAUGCGAGCGCCACCAACGGCUGCGCAAGUGCUUAUGGGAAGUGUGUGUGCCGCAGAGGCAGGCUUUGCACUUUUGCUUUCCUCCUGCGCCAUGCGAGCGCCUGUUAGCAGUAAUAACUGAUGCAAAUUUGGCAAGGUGGCUCAUGUCACUGCCUAAUUCAAACAAGAAUAUCUUGUUUGUUGUUUAGCUGCGACGGCAUCGCAUCUUGCGAUGCCAGCCAUCUAGCGUUCCUGCACGCUACUGCUUCUUCUUUCUUUUUCUUUUUGUUUACAGCUGUGCUGGGAAAUCCCUUCACGCACCUUUCGGCUCUGAAUAAUUCUGGGUGAUAGCCAAAAUGAAAAAUUAGUUACAAAAGGCAAAGUGCAGUUUGAAUAUUAAACCCAGCAGCAUGUACCACAGCUGCAGAGGCAACUGUCAGGUAGACUUGGUCUCGGUCCACCUUGUUUAAUAUUCAGCUUUCUAUAGGCGAGCAUUAUUUCGCUUUUCAAUGCGAAGUAGAGGAGCUCACUUCAGUUUCUCACACAAUUUUUUUAAAGCUUUUCGUUUAAUUUCGUUCUAUGUUUGUUGUGCAGUAAUGUAAAGUGCACCAUUUCAUGAAUUCCUAGUGUGACGAGAGUGAAAACAUAAAAUUUUUUAAUGUGUUCCACGAUGUUGCACAUGGGCUCUGACAAAUCAUAUCACUUAGGUGCCAUUGGUGGGUUAAUGCCUGAACCAGGCUGCAUAUAGCAUGUGCCCAGGAACUUAACGAAGAGACCCUACUAAGUUUUUAUGUAGCGCCACUGAUUAGAAUGACUUUCAAAGAAAGAGUCACCACGAAGUAUGAACCUAUUUCACUUGUGAAAAAUGUGCUCAAAUGAAAAUGGUAUUGCGAGCUACUUCCUAGUUUCGGUAGAUCGUGGCACACGAAGGUAAUACUGGGAGUACUCGGGCCAUAAAUUCGUUCGUAGCACAAUGUUUUCUCAUAAAAGAGAUGAGAGUAUGAAAGAAAUUUUUUGUUCUCCCUCUUUCUGUUUUGUUUAUUUUGCAAGUAAGAAUACUGUGCAUCCAAUCAGCGAGCAACCAAAUGGCAAGCACCCUUGCUGUUCCUAAAACCUCGGAACAUAUAUUUGCUCCUCUUACCAGACCACUGUGGCAGCAGAAGAGGCACAAACAGCUAUUAUUUUAGGAAGUCAUGCACUCUUUGUUAACUCACUGUCCGAAAAGAUAGCAUUCUUUAAAUGAAUUUUUUAACAAUGUAGGCGGUAUGUUUAAGGCGGAACUUAGCUCCUCACAAUGGGGCGGCAGCUCGGUGAUUACCGCGUAGUCUGGGUUAUUUCCUUCCCAUUUCUUGCAUAGAGAUACAAAUGUAGAUGCUUGUGGGCAUGUAUACUUAUGUCAUUCUAAGCAUCGAGAAAGCGGCGGCACCUUGUUCUUUCUCCCAAUUUUUUUUUUUCCACGGUGCCAUGGCAAACGGUUGCCUGGGUGAGCCUGCUUGCUCGGCAUACACUCUUUCCACAUAGUGCACCCGUGGGGCACUGUGGGAUUGCCAGAAAAAGGUUUAUUGGUUCUACCUUUCACUUUUCAUGCCUAACUUAUUUUUUUUUUUGAGGUUAGGUAAGCAACACCGAAGUGAAACCAUCUUUAACCUUGCUCUUGUUUUAUCUCGGAUGGUGUUGCAUUUAAUAUGUCGUCACACUGCUAAAGGGCCCUCAAGGGGGGACGAUGCACUUCAAAUAUUUUUUUAUAUUUUUUAUUUUUAAUACAGUUUGGAUAAAAUUUGCACAGUUAAUGUGCUCUUACCAGCCAAUUCCAAAAAUGCUAUUAUUCUUUUCCUAGGAUAAAUAUUUUUCAUGACAUCCAAAGCAGAAUGUCUUAUUGUUUAAAGCCUAAUUUAAUAAUUAACAGAAACUUGCAUAGUAAAGCACAGCACACGGAAUCGAUUCUGAAUGUUCAUGGUUGUCGUAAGGUAUAAGCCAUUGCUCUAGGCCAUUUGGAAGCGACGUUAUAGGUUGUCAAACUUAGUAACAAAAAAAUGUUAACCUUGAUACUAGAACAAAAGGUUAGUCUUGAAAAUUUUCUUGAGAAAGUAUUAUAAAAAAUUUACUUCUUAAUGCACCACAUCUGUUUAUUACUAGGAAAAAAAGUUAUGAUAGCCCAAAUAGAACAAAAGAUAUUACUAUGGCAAACAGAAAGAGCAUGAAAAUUGUUGAUUCGAGAAAUCAAGGAAAAAUGUUCCAGCACAUCUUUACUGCAGGAAAAACAACUAUAAUUCAUCAAAAUGCACCAGCAGCGCAGUCUGGGUGCAUCCUUGUUUUACAAUUUUUCAAGUUCCAGUGAGGCUGUACAUUUCUUGCUGGAGCUUAUAGUGCAGUAGUGGUCUUUCUCUCUUGCUCUCUUGGAGCCAGUGCCUGUAACAGACAUGUCCAUCUGUCCCAAAAUUGCAGAUGUGAAAUGGAGAAUUCCGGUGUUGAAGCACAGCACUGCUUGUCCUACAGCCGCUUCCACUGCGAAGAGCAGUGCAUGUUUCACUUUUGAGGCCAAACUUCUGAUUACCGAAUGCAAGCUCUCAUUGGAGUUCUGUUUUGCCUCGUUGGCAUCUUUCAAGCAAAGCCUUUUCCAACAAGCGGGUAUAAACAGGUAGCAGUGCUUCUGCGACAUGUUUUGGUAGAUUUUAGACUCGUCUCGGUUCAGGCUCGCCCUUUGCUUUUGCAGCAUUAUGCCGACACCCUGAACUUUCACUAGCUGGGCACGAGCUGUGGUCCGGGCACAAGCUGUGGUUUGGGCAUUCAGCCGUGGAUGUGACGUGGCGGUGCGUGGCCAUCAGAGAUCUUUGCACACGUCCCACAUCACCUUCACGAGACUUCAAUGUCCGACCAUAGUAUGUGCUCAGCCUGGUUAUCAGUUCACCUGUCAGCCUGCCUCUUCCACCAAGGCCUUGCUUAUUCUCGCAUCUGUGCUUCUGCACCAGGUUUCGCAAGGCUGUCCCCAUUCGUUCUUGCACAUGUUUUGUACAGUCCUCUUUCUUCACAUCAAUAUACCCAUAGACUUUUGCCUUUGAAUGGCACAAAAUGUUUUGCUGUUGCCAUCACACAACAUAGUUGUGAAGCAUAGGCCAUGGCAUUCGAAUGGUCUCAGGAAAAGGGGUCAGAGCCGCCUCCACUUCCAUUUGGCCAGCUUUGCUAUCAGUGUUUUUCUGGCAUUUACCUUUAUUGUUUGCGCUCCAUUCAUCGUAGCCAUCGGCAUCGGGCUGUGGGCCUAUCUCACAUGCUAAGCAAUAGUUGGGCAAAACCACCCAGUCGAAUAUACCCACUGAAUAGUUCAAUCACUGUGCCAACACUGAUGUGGGAAGAGUGACCGCACGUCAUUUACGUGCCAUCGUAGCUAGCGGGAAUAUUGCCUUUGUGGCCAAAACAUAACUCUUUGUAAAGAGGUGCAACUUUUGUUGCACAAUUGCUCAUAGUGGCAUACGCUGCUUGCAUGGAAGUGGGUGCCAACCUGUUCUUUUAAUGCCACUGGUAUGUCUUGUGGUGCAUGACGCGGUGAGAAGUUGCCAUUGCAGCGAAAAUAGUGUUCAUUUUUGUCUGCCCAUUGCCAGUGGCCACCAUCGCUCUUGUGGUAAGAAGGUUCACCUUGACUGGGUUGCACGUUUUUGUGGUGUCCACCCACAGCCAAGUCCAGUCAUUGGUGAUCUCGCUGCAGUUCUCAUGUUUAACUGACAGCUUGAGGGCAAGUCCAUAAUGACGGUUACCUCUGAUGAUCGAUGCAGGUUUGCAACGCACAUUGCAGCAUAACAUUCCAAGGAGCAAGUUGAGAACACAGAGAUGCACUAUUGUAUACAGAGCGGCACAGUGCUGCGAGUCAGGUGCUGAUGCCUCGCUGCAAGUCUCGAAGGGCACUAUUUUCCGCACUGUUGCCGGGGCCGACGAAAGCCGUUCGAGCGUCACUUUUUCACGGGCACACACAAAGUUGUAUCCAUCCAUCCAUCCAUCGAUCCAUCUACUUUGCCUUCACUUCGCCAUCCGUCAACACCUUGUCAUCAAUUCUUAGAUCACUGGAGUUAGCUUCAGUCAGUGCUUCAGUGCUGUUUCCGCAGCAUCGCUGGCGGAGAGAACGCGAUCAGUCUCAAAGCUAUUGCACGGUUGCGAUGCAUCGAUGCUUCAUUCCCCAAAGUUGAUCAACAGCUGUGAUAAAUGCUCAAGCUUCCUCCGGUGACCUUUCCAUUUUUUCUUACCAAACGCAUGCAGAGUAUGACACUUCCUCGCAUUUCCAGGCAUAGCAACACAAUGCUCUGCCGAGAUGUAAUGCGUAGUACACGCAAGCCUUUCAAAAAUGGCGCUCGGCAGUACAAAUUCCUCAAGACAGCUGCUCCCAGCCAACUGGGUAGCGCCAUUUUGGUCACAUGCGUCGGCUAGCCAAUAACACUGGCCGCUGCUUUUCAUUUCUUAUGGCUCAUUCACACCGGUGACUUGAGGAGGUCACACAACCAUUUGCGACUCGCGACCAAAAAGCGACUGAAGGCGACUGAUGUUCACACCGGCAAGCACGGCUGAGCGCAACCCGCAAAUCGCAAUCCCGGAGGUUAUUGUUCUCAGCGAGAACUCUUGGAAUCUACACGGAAUUUGCCGCGACGCGAAAGCAGGCCGGAUGUAGACACAUGGAAGAUCACUUCCGGUGUACCACUAAUUGGUUUAUCAGUUUUGCGACCACGGUCGCGCAACUGAAAAAUCGAGCAGCGAGCGACUGACCAAAAAUGGCUGCUUCUAGAGAAAUGCGAUCAUUUGCGACUGGUCACUUUGCGACCAACUUGGUCGCGCGACUGCUAUCAGUCGCCAAUGUGAGAGCCUUUAGGCCUUGUCUUUCAUCCAGAGAAGACAUUGUGGUUUGCUUACCAGAAAAAAGAAAAAGCUCAAAGUGCGCUCUUUCGAACGAGACCAAAAUGGCGCUGAUCGAGCAUGUAGUUCUCGCGUAAUAAAGAGCUGAAAUCCUGGGCCAGGCACUCGGUUUUCGUUUUUUAAACUCUGAUCACACUGGACGUUGAUGGUGUACGGCUACGAAAAUUCAUAAAUAGGUGUGGAAGGAAGUCGAGAAUGUAGAUAUAAGGUCAGCGAAAAUCAGGUUCUUUGGACGAUUUUCGGUUCCGAAGUGCCGCGUCCCCCCCUUAAACAUGUUCGUGUACAUAUAUUGCUUGAGCACAGUGCGCACCAAAGUACAUACAACUUUCUGAGAAAGCAGUGUAUGCAAUUUGAAGCUCCUGAUAAGACAAGUUAAACUAUUCCAAAACGUCUUGCCAGAAUGCCAUCGCAAAGAAAAAAUAAGUCAGGGACAUUUAUAAGAUGUUAAAAUUGUGACUUAGCCUUGACCAUAUCUUUUUCGAAGUUUUCUAAUGUUUUAAAGAAACUUCUGCAGGAUAAACACAGUAUAGUUGAGCUAUCAGUAUAUGCUAUCAAGAAAACAGUUCAGGGGCCCUUUGUCAGUUUGGCAUUAUUAACCUCACUUGUGGUUUCUCACUGCCUUUUAAGAAAGGGAAACCAUAGCACAAGGUAUUUGACAGUAGUACAAACUAAGUACACCCGAGUGCUUAGCAGAGCCACUAAUGACAGUUUUAUAGUUACUGGCCUCCUGAUGUCUCAUUAGUAUGCAUAUAGCAGUCAGCACUAUUUGAUAAUGAAUGCUUUUUACUAUCUUUUAUAUUGUGCUUUCUCUUGAAGAAAUUUCCAUAAUUGCUUGACACAUAAUGGAAACAAACGUGUUAUAAACAGUAUUAGUAGUCAUUGCAGAUGAAUGCUCAUAGAGAAGUUUAUUACUUAUGUGGAAAUUUAUUUACAUUUUAGUGUUAUUGUGCACAUUUUCUAUUUCAUAUUUGUGAUGACUAGACCGAACAAGUGUUGUGUCAAUUGCAUUUGGCUUGAUGUCUAGUUUUUUAGACCUAUACAAUACCAUAAUAUACACUCACUCUUAUACACCAAUAUUGUAUGUAUAAUGUGUACAUUGUCAAAUUUAUUUACCAUGUUCUAAGCUGCAUAGUGUGCAUUUGUUGAAUGUUAACUGUUGUCACUGUGGUGUGCACGUCAGUUUGUUUGCACGCUGUUGUUAAGGUUUGUUUUCGAUUUUACACUGUUGCAAUCUUUUACAUAUGUUGUGGAGGAAUGCGUCUAAUAUAAGAAUUUGCAUAAUAGCUGCCAUAGUUGCCAAUUCGCCCAUUUUUAUCCUUGCAAGGCAACAAGCUAACAAGGUUUAUUUAUCCAAUACCCACAUACUUUUGAACAAGAAACAGUCGGACAGACAUAUAGAGACGGACGAGAGUUGGAAGCAAGCAUCAAAUGCCCUGAAGAGUGCUGUGAAUCAUUCUGCAUUCUGCAGAACAUGCAGUGACAGCCGUCUUGUCCAGCUGUUGUUGCCCGCUGCUGUCUACAAUAAUUCUGUGAGCAUGACAUGUUGGUGUUGAAAACUUUUAAGCUCUAAGCUUCCCAACUCAUGAAAUGCUUCUUGUCUCUUGAUGCCAAAUGGUAUUACAUAUAUGCAGAUUUAUGUCUGCUUAGUAGAGGAAGUAGCCUGUUCUUUUCUAGCUGAAUUAUUCCCUUGCCACUAUUUUGAUCUACGAUUUUUUAAACCUUGCCAACGGUAUUGCAGCAUGGAAUAACAAAGUGUUACACAGAGCAAGAAUUUUUCAGGAGGUCAAACAGUGCCAUCACCCACAUCCCAAUGUUGUCACAGCGCAGGGCGUGGCAUCGACGUUCCAUCUGUUGUGCAGAAUUUGCUUGAGUCUAAAAUAUAUAUGUGCCAAUUCAAGGACAUUUGCUUCUUGUCACUACGUCACAUCAAGGGUGGUGCUGUAUUCUUGCACUUCUUCGAUGGUUCUAAAUGUCUCAAUGUAGCUGAAACAACUGUGUCAAUUCCAGGGCAAAUAAAGGCGUGACGUUUUUCUCGCUUUAAGCAGAAGAUUCAGUAUUUGACAGUGCUCGUACAACUUCUGCCUUGUUUCCUGUAAUAAUCAAUUUUACAAUAAUGAACUUGCAGGAGGAAUUGGCCAUAAGCUGUAAUGCAGAAUAUGGAGCUGUCAUGAUAUACAGAGCACUAAAAGAGCUUUUCCCCAUUGUUUCUGCAGAAGAGCAUUUAAAUCAUGCCAUUUAAAUGAUGGCAACAUGCCUGACAUGCCACCUGUCAUGCUGCACUGGAAACCUUGUACUCCUCCCUUGCCUCACAGUGACAAUACUGGGCUGCUUGAGCAUGCCGACAGGUUCCUCCUUAACACUUCUUUACCCAUUAUGCAGUAUGAAGAGCUGGUUUUGCGACACGUCGGAUACUCCAUUUUUAUCACACGCCAAAGAAAUAAUACAACCUUCGGAAAAUUACAGAAUGGUGUGCUUUCUGGUCACUAUGGUCCUCUUGUUGCCGCUGUGAAUGCUUUGGCAGCCUACCUUCCUAUGGGGGGUGAAUCUGCCAAGCACACUGAUUAUACUGCAUGAUUUUGUUCUGCUUCAAAGAAACUGUAUGUCGUAAACACCAGUGACAACUUUCCCAUGUGUUGGUGCUUAGGGCAUUCAAAUCUGGCACAUCAUUUCUUUCUUACAAGUUUUUUUUUUUUUUAAGGCAAUAUUGCAUUUACUAUUGCGUUCAGUGUGAGCUACAACACAUAAGCAUGUAGCCAAACACUCUCCCAAUCUAAAUACUGGUGCCGACUGGUGCUAUGUUCCCAAAUUAAAGAGAGCGGGUUUCGCUGUUCUUUGUUUUGAACCUAGCCCAUUUAUGCCUGCUUUUGCACUCUUCCCCAGGCUUGAAGAAAUCUGUCCCACGAAAAUGAUCAGAAAAGACUGGUGUCCACCUUUUGUGCAAGGUCUGUGUCAUACAUGCAACUGGAAAAGACUGCUGUCACCUCAGAAUUUAGUGUUUGAUUUAUUGUCCCUCGAUCCGUCAUCAAACAGGUUUCUGCAUCACCACCUGAUGCUUACAUUUGCCCCUUUCUCUCUUUUCACGUGCAAUCGCAAUACAUACGUCGCUGUGAGCUUUCUCUAUCUUAUCUGCAAUGUUUCACCACACAAAAAAGUGGCCACCAUCUGUCCUAAUUAUUUUCUUCAGACCAAGAUUUGGGAGAGAGUGAGAGCAGGGGCAAUGUUCGAAGCAAUAACCACAUAACCCUCUCUCUUUAAGUCAGGGACACCACACCAAUCGGCACCAAUAUCUAAGCUAGGGGAAUGUGAUAGUACUCAUGACAUUAUUUACAAUGGAGCAAACUUAUGUUACUGUGCACCUCUGUGAACAUUCAAACAUGUCCCUUCAAGCAGGUCAGAAUGUUGUUGCUAAAUAUGAACAGUUACAACUUAGUAUUUACAGAUGAAGAACUUCUCCUUCCUUGUUGCAACAUGGUGUGCAGUUACCAUGUUAUAUCCUACACUGCUGCUCAGCGAAGAACAGCACCCAUUUUCUCCAUAGUUUGCUUUCCUGCGUGCAUUGUAGAGAAUUCCAGUGUUUCGCCUUCCUCCACUGUCCAACUUCUGCAAGGCCAAAACCAAUAAGGACAGUUUGCGAAUGGAUGCACGCGCAUUAGUUUUCAUUUGUUUACUGCUUGUGCACUUUUGCUAUGACAUUCGUUAUAAACUGUUCUGCCAUUAACCCCUUUGCAAUGUGUCAAGCUUUCCUUCGCACGGUACUAGAAAUUUCAGUGCUUCCUCACUCAGUGAGGUGUACUGCAGCAGCCAGAAGGGUUGCACAGUUUAUCUAGCUGGAAGCACUGCCACCAGCAACUAGUCUCGCCAUGUUGUUGAGGCAGUCACCACAUUGCUUGAUGUGCAAGAAAGAUGCCCCUUCAGGCAGAUGGUAUGCGCUGCUUGCUGCACUCGGUAAACAGCACAGUUCACUGGCCAGCAUGGUUAACUGGCACUUGUUUUCGUAUACUUAAUAUGCCACAUAAAUACUAUGACCUGCCAUGCCGGUUCAGUAUCAAUGGCAUUUUAGCAUAGAUAGUAUGAUGUCACAGAUGGAUGGCAACCAUAUUCACAUAGGCAUAAAAUGCAGAAACGUAUGCGAACUGAUGUUUCAGUGCAUGUAAAAAAAAAAAAAUGUGGUUUAAUUCACACUAGGAUUUGUAAUAGCACGCAUCAUUAGAAAGAUGAAUAUCAACAAUUACUGUUGCACAAAGAAUUUGGAAGGAGGUGUAACACGGUGCACAGUUGGAAUACAGGUGGAGAAAAAUCAGAGAUACAGAUUCGUUGGCCUGAGUUAGUGCACUCUGGCCUACUUGCUAAUUGGACACACCUGUCAUAUCGCAUGCUGUACGUGUGCCUUGUUUGACGGUUAUAAAGUGCCAGAAAGAAAUGCCAGAUAUUGUGACAAACAUUUGAUGGAGAUGUUUGCCACUGGAUGAGUCAUUGCAGCAUUUUCGGAAUUGCAAAGCAUAUAGCAAAAAUUAUAAACCUUUCAAGUACACUUGUGUAAUUGUCACAAAUGCCAAAAGCUGCUGAAAAUUUUGUCAAAUUUACGAACUGGCAAUAAACUGUUUGUGAUGUA